AGGUGUUUUCAUAUUUCAUGGUUUAAGGUUUAAGGUUAAGGAAGUGCUUUACUAAGCGGAGAAAAAUAAAUACUCGUCGAAACGUCAAAACAACGAUUGUGAGAAGCGAUUGUGAAACGAUUGUUGAUGAAUUUUUGCAUAAAAAAAGACAGUCAUGACAAUUCAUAACUUGUAUAUCUUUUCGAAAACUGGAAUGUUAUUGUACUAUGCUGAGUGGAACAGGUUAAAUAAAUCGGGGAUAACGAAAGAAGAGGAAGCAAAGUUGAUGUAUGGAAUGUUGUUUUCUAUAAAAUCGUUUGUGAGUAAAAUCUCACCGUUGGAUCCCAAGGAAGGAUUUUUGUAUUACAAGACAAGCAAAUAUACUCUUCAUUAUUUUGAAACACCAUCAGGUCUUAAAUUUGUUUUAAAUACUGAUAAUGCCAGUCAGAAUGUGAGAGAAUUAUUGCAACAAUUGUACAGAGAAGUAUAUUUGGAAUAUGUAGUAAAUCCACUCUGCCAAUUAAAUGAACCUAUACAAAGUGAAUUGUUUAAAAUAAAAGUAGAUGAAUUAUUUAAAAAAUCUCCUUUAUUUUUAAGAUCGAUAUAA